CCGUCGUCUUAUACAGAGAGCGUGCGAUGCUGAAGUAGAGUACUGUACUUCGCGUUUAAAUUUUUUACAUUUAAUGCUUAAAAAUGAAUAUUCGAGCAUUUUCUACUUGUAUAAGAUUAUCAAACAUUAAAUCAAACACAAUUGUUCAGUUUAGGAAUUAUAAAAAGCUAUCUAUAUAUGAAAUUCCGGAUAUUCCUGAGUUACAAGAUUUACCAGAACGCCAAUAUUACGAUUCCUAUCAUCAGACCGAAAAGGGAAGGGUUUAUGAUGUUAAACCUUUCAAAUUCUUAUGCAAAGCUGGAAGAGCUUAUGAUUGGUGCCCUUGUGGACAUAGUCGAAAUCAGCCAUUUUGUGAUGAAACCUGCAAAAAUGAGAGACUAAAAAUAACGAUGAAACCAAUAAGAUUCAUUUGUCGAUCAACAAGAGAAUAUUGGUUUUGUAAUUGUAAACAAACUGAACAUCGUCCAUUUUGUGAUGGAUCUCAUAAAAAUCCAGAAGUUCAGAAUUCAACUCCUACAGUAAAACCUCCUCGUAUGUAAUGAUAUAAAGUUAUAAAAUAUUCUGAAAAUUGAUUUAUUAACAUAAUUAUACAAUUUUAUGAAAUAUGCGAAAAAAGUUGUUAAAUAAAUCUAGAUUCAAUACCUAUUGAUAAGUAGUUUUGAAGUUAAUUUAUAGGCUAAUUUAUGUUGAUAUUGCUAUAAAUUCCCGAUAACUCUAAGAGCGGGAUUGUUGAAUUUACGAAAGUCCGACCUUGCGGGACGACAUGGAAAACGAAGGUUGAUACCCAGUACAGUAAUUUAUUACGAUUUACUUUAAACGAAAAAAGUUUUACUAAGCUUUAGUAGAGUAUACUGCUGAAUGAGUUUUAAAAAAUUCAUGACCAAUGUACUGUACAGUACAGUAUCGGUAAUUGAGCGGAGUUCUGUAUAAGUCAAAGUGUUUUGUCUGAUCGAAGUUUAAAGCAACUGUUCGACCACUGAACGUGAUUUUUUUGCAAAUAUCUACAAUUCGGCAAGACUGGGUGUGACGAAAACCGGAAUUAUGAAAUUCGAUUUAUGGGCUGUGGUCGAAAUUCGCUUUGUAAAAUCUAUGGGCCGAUAGCCCAUAGAUAUACUUGUAAGUUUGUCGCACGUAUAUGUCAAUCGAGUUUCUGAUUACUGUCAAUUUACAUCGAUCUCUAAGAUUUUUUUAUUUUGAUCUUUGCGGCGAGAGUUUAAAAUGCACGGCCUGAGGCUUCACAAGUACUGUACGUGUUUUUACCGGUUAUGAUUUUGUAUAUCCUCCCCGAACCUGUAUGUUUUAAACUGUUUUAGAACGUUAUAAGCAUGUUACCUGCCAUAUUUGUUUUCGUGUGAAGCUGAAACAAAAACCUACGCCGCGGAAAAAAGUCCAGGAUAUGUCGGGAGAUGGGCAGAAAUUGAAUUGGUUCAUCUCGCCCCAUUAUCGGUUAGGAAAAACUUUUCCAGAUGAUUGCAGAAACAGAGUUUACGUUAAACAACAGAACGGCCUAUAGACGUUGGCUGGCUGAAUCGUGGUUUAAAAUGCAUUGCAAAGAUGACGAUUGUCUAUUUCUGAACGCCCUCUAAACGAACUUCGGCGAAACAUUGGCUCUUGUUUUCUUCGUCAUUGCUCCCGUUUUAGGAGUCGUUCGGCCAAUCUGGUUAUUUGUUUUUGACGUCAGAAAAGGUUGCCAGCUAUAUUCCGGAAAUAAAAUCUUAAGGCCGUCAACAACUAUUGUUCGACAAUUAAUGACAAUCCUUUUCCAUUUCGAUAUUUAAUUUCGUCGCCAAUACUGUCUCCCUUCGUAACUGUCGAGAUGAAUAAUUUUAAGUAUUUUAUUAUUAUUUUUAUACUGUUUUUACUUCUAUAAAAGGAUUUCGGUAAUUAAUAAAAAAAAAUUGUCUCGUUUGUUUAACAGUACGUUCUGACUAAGGGAUUAACUACAAUGACCCCGAAAUGCAUUAACGUUUUAUAACCGUCACGAUACUCGAAUUGAAAAUAAAUGCAUCUGAUUUAAAUUAAUUGUAGUUUUAGGUCUUCCCCAUUUGAAUAUCGGAAUUGGAACAUUUAAAGUACAGUGGUGCCUCGUAAACGUACUGUACUUAAUCCGUUCCAGGUGCACGUCCGUUAAGUGAAAAGUCCGUUAUACGAAACGCAUUUUACCAUAGAAAUACAUGUUAAAACAUAUAAUUCGUUCCGUAACACAAAAUAACUGUACUGUAUCAUAAAAAAAUAAAAAUGGAGCAGUCACCAAUUAUGCCGGGUAGUCAUAUGUUGUAAGGAGGAGGUGGAGGAUCACUUUUCACACAUUCAUACAGAUACAGACUUUUUACACAUUGCAGCAGGUCUCUUUUUAUUGUUUUUUAAUCGAAGUCAGAUUCAGGAGAGGCUACCGGAGCUUGUAGGGUCAACUCCUCUUGAUCCAUCCUUUGUUUUUUGCCUGCUGGCUUCUUGCAAAACAUGUCCAAGAUGGUCUGUUUCUCUGUCUUCUUCGACACCUGUUGGAAAUGACGGGCAAGGGUGUCAUUGUAGAGAUCAUUGAUCCUGUUGGCCUCAGCUCUGUUUGGAUAAUGAGUGUUGGUAAA